GUUCCUUAACACAUUAUAAUUGUCUCACAUCCCAAAUCUAAACAAAAUGGCCCCCAAGAGGGACGAGAAGCCCGCGACUCAGGAGGCCGGCGCCGAGGCCCCUGCCAAGGCCGAGGCCAAGCCUAAGGCCGAGAAGGCCGCCAAGAAGGCCAAGAAGGAGCCCUCCAAGAAGGCUGCCAAGGAGCCCAAGGGCGAUGGCGCGAAGAAGGACAAGAAGAAGAAGAAGAGCGCCGUGGAGACCUACAAGCUGUACAUCUACAAGGUGCUCAAGCAGGUGCACCCCGACACUGGCAUCAGCAGCAAGGCCAUGUCCAUCAUGAACAGCUUCAUCAACGACAUCUUUGAGAAGGUGGCCACCGAGGCCUCCAAACUGAGCCGCUACAACAAGAAGCCCACCGUUACCUCCCGCGAGAUCCAGACCGCCGUGCGCCUGGUGUUGCCCGGCGAGCUGGCCAAGCACGCAGUGUCGGAGGGCACCAAGGCCGUGACCAAGUUCACCUCGGGCUAAGCGCGCUCUGGGUCGAUGAUGCAUGGACACAUACCUCAAACAAACUCGGUGUUUCUCAACACCACCUCAUACCGGUACUUGGAAUGGGAUAGGUGGUGGAGGACGGCCGGGGAUCCACUUGACGCACCGGAUGAGGCACCUGCGUGGCGGCAUAAGUCUAUAGGCCUGAUGUCAAAUCAUGAUACCUGGUGGCCUCAUAUAAUUAACACGGCAACAGACAGAAUCGGUUCUGGCCGGUCCGCAGAUGGAUGCCCUCUGGGUCGAUGAUGCCUGGACACAUACCUCAACAAACUCCAUCACCACCCACUUGGCUCGGGGCUGUUGGGGGACCCGGCGCUGACACUGUUUGCAUGCUGCAGGUCCCCUGGUAAACAGGCAGUGCUGCUGAAAGGUGACCGGUAUUACGUCGUGCAGGCCGGUGUGCUGCUUUGUCAAGGCUAAGGCUGCCCAGUGGGCUCCUCCACAUUCAAUUGCGCCCAACACCUCCUGGCAAGGUGUUCCCCAAGAGUUGGUAUCCGCGAUGUACCUGUGAUGCGCUCAUGCAGAGCAUGAGAGAGGGAAAGCCCCAGUUGCAACUGCGUCCUACCGCGGCGGGGCGUGAGCAGGCGGUACACGAUCAGGCAGGCCAUGGGGCACUCGAACACUGCAAAGGCCAGGACAUGCCCGGGACAUGCCCGGGAUGCCCGGGAUGCCCAGGAGCACAAGCCCGACACUGGGUACCCCUGGCAGUAUGGCAGCGUCGUGCGGAAGCUGGGGUUGGUGUCAUGUGUAAGCGGAUAACGGCAUGGUGCAGGCUCAGGACGGUAUAAAUGUAGCAGGGAUUAUAAAUGUAGCAGGGAUGACCAUGUACAAAGGAACAGAAUCCGGAGGUUGAGGGUGGUGUUGAGAAACACCGAAUUUGUUU